GCAUGAUGGUUAAAUAAGGGGUAAAAAUGGAAUGAGGUUUUGCUGAGAGGUAAGUUCUGAAUGAGGAUUGGAUAUCUAUGUAUAACUAGAAACCUCGGAGGUUGAAGGUAUUGUGGACUCUUUACUCCAGUAUACUCUAUCCUAUUCAACAUAUCAGAUCCCAGUACUCCGGGUCCUCAAUAUAUAUCACUGGACUCAUACAACUCAUAUCAUCAUCAUAUCUACACUAAACAAUAUCCAGAGUGAGAAAGGUUAUAUGGUUAUCGGUAUAUAGUAUCAACUUAAAUAUUUCGGGUUCGUUUUACUACACUCCGUACACUACUAGAUACACGUGAACCUUAUCCAGACUUAAAUCGAUUCUAGUUUCAUGAACUUGAUACAAGUUAAUCUCUUCUAUCCGUGAAUUCCAUCCAGGUUUCAAUACAUAAUACAUUUCCAACCCCAUCUUGAACCUGAUCCAAACCAGUUCUUGUGAUAUAUAUAUUUCCGGAGAUGUGUGUUAAGAAACCAAAGUGAAAAAAAUGUCGAGUUAAAACCUGAGAAAGAAAAUGAACAAGAUGAGGAAAAUGCGGGAAAUAUUUGUUGGAACAAACUGGUUUUUGUUUGUUUAUUUACUUUCACUACCCGCGAGUACUGUGCCUGCACCACUAGAGGCUGCUUUCCAAGGUCGGUGUGAGGAGAUGAACCCCUGUGAACAAACAUGUUUUAAUCUUCAUGACAACAUGUACGAAUGUGAUUGUACAGAGGGAUUCUAUCUUAAUACUAACGGAUACAACUGUAUAGCCUUCAACGAGACCGGGGUUACUGAGAGUCGUGAGCCGAGUAUAGCAAUACAGAUAGAAGUAGAUAUAGAACCUCCACUUCAUCAGGAUCAAGAUCUUAGUGAGGAACAACUACAUAAACUCGGCCUUCCGACCCAUCACGUCCAUUACAGGGCCGGUCAGCCUGCCCACCAGGCUGCCCGGCAGCCUAGCGGCCAACCUGCCGGUACGGAGCUUCUAGCACCAGCAGAUAUUCAGGUGUCCUAUACUGUAGCUAAUGAAGAGACCCAGAUAAAGAAGCAGGACGGAGAAAACUUUGCUCCUCCACACUAUUCAAGGGAUGAGUCACAAGCACCUGUAGAGUAUCUCGACCCACCCAGAGCUCUUCCUGCUGUGGCUGAACCUUAUCUAGUAGACUCAGCUUUCCUGAAGGACAAUAUUUACACUGUUCCUGCAUUCUGUGGAUUAAACUGUGGAACUGGAACAUGCCAUACAGAGAGAGUGGAUACAGAGUGGAUAUCCAGGUGUAUUUGUCCUGCUGGUUGGGGUGGAGCCCAGUGUGCUGAGCACAUUGAUAUUUCUAUUCCUGAGUUAUCAGGAACAGGAUUCAUCUCCUUCCCAACCCUACAGAACGCUUACAGUGAUCUCCAUCUAUCACUGGAAUUUAAACCUACAGCAUGGACAGGAUUACUGUUGCUAACUGGGGAAACUGAGGAUAUGACCGGAGAUUAUUUAGCUCUGGUCUUGAAGGACGGAUAUAUUGAACUCAGGUUGGAUUGUGGAACUGGACCUGGUGUAGUGAAGACGAGCUCUCAAGUUCACCUGAACGCGUGGAACCACGUAAGCGUGUUCCGGCACGACUGGGGAGUCUGGGUUCAGCUUAAUGGAGGAAAACGAGAGGAGGGAAGAUCCCAGGGUCUCUUCUCAAGGAUAACAUUUAACCAGCCGGUGUAUAUUGGUGGGUCUGGAGAAAUGAGGAAUGUCAAGAAUUUUGUCGGAGUUGAUCAGGGGUUGCAGGGUUGUGUGAGACACUUGGAGAUAAAUGAUUUAAGUUACAGUUUCAACCCUGUUUCUACCGGAGGAGACUCCAUCGGAGGGAUAGAUACAGGAGUAUGCAAAACUCCAGGUUGCUCCAACAGUAUGUGUGGACAGGGAACUUGUCGAGAUCAGAGUUCUCCCUUCUCAUCCAACCCGGCCAACCAGAGCAGGCAGGGUUGUGAUUGUCCUCUGGGUAGCUCUGGAGACAGGUGCCAGAGACAAGAACACAUCCAGAUGCCGCGUUUUGUGGGAGAUUCUUUUCUGCGUCACGCUGGAUUGGGAGACGCUGCAUUGAUUUGGCUAGAAAUGGAGAUCGUCUUCAAUCCUUCCCAGCUCCAGGGACUUAUUCUCUACAAUGGAAACAGAAACGAUGGGAAGGGCGACUUUGUGGCAGUAUUUCUCAACCAGGGAUUUGUGGAGUUUGCAUUUGAUCUUGGAAACGGAAUCGCUAUUGCAAGGAGCGGGAGCAAGGUUAAGAUUGGAUCCUGGCAUUCUCUGACAAUCUCCAGGACGGGUAGAGAGGUUUAUCUCAGCCUGGAUGGAGAGGAGGGGGAGACGGUUACUUCUCCAGGAGGGUUUACUCAGCUCUCCCUGUCUCAGAACCUAUGGUUGGGUGGGGUACCGGAGUACGGUAUACUAUCAGCCUAUCUACCUAUCACAACUGCGUUUCACGGAUGUAUACAAAAGUUGGUUGUAAACGGUUUACCAAUCCAACUUGUUGGUUCUGCUCUCUCCGGGUUAAAUGUUGAGAGCUGUGUGCACUCCUGCCAAGGAUCUCCUUGUGGAGCUGGAAUCUGUUCUCCAAACCUGGAUACCUUCUCUUGUCAGUGUCCUCUAGGCUGGGGAGGAGAAUCCUGUAGUACUCCUACUCCAGACUCCUCACCUAUACCAGGAUUCACAGGAAACAGUUACUUAUUCUUCAACAAUCAGGAUAUUUACCAAAAUUUGGUAGGGACUGCUAACUCCAUCAAUAUCAGACUGCGUGUUACAUCAGCCCAUGGACUGCUCAUGUGGGUGGGAGGAGAGAAAUCGGAACCAACUCCUGAUUAUCUCCUGCUCGGAGUUCACAACGGAUACCUCCAGUUUGUGUUUAAUGUUGGAAGUGGAGAGAUGGUUCUAGAAUAUAAUUCUACCAGGAUAGAUGAUGGACUUUGGCAUAGAGUCAGAGCUACAAGACUUGAACAAACUGCUUCCUUAAUGGUGGACAACGGUGACGUCAUAACCGGUUCUGCACCUGGAAACCUUCGACAGCUGAAUGCAAAAACCGGUUUAUAUAUAGGUGGAGUAGAGGAUUAUAGUGGAAUAUCCACACAUAGUUACUGGACUGGGUUGACCGGAUGUAUUGCUGAACUCUCUAUUGGAAAUAUGAUAAACAUUGAUAUGCUUCAUACAGCAGAGAGAGGAGGAAAUAUAGACUCGUGUUCUAUACCAUAAACUCAAUUAGAACCAAGUAUUCUAGGACCUAGCUAUGUCUGUUUAAAUAUGCAACUCUACUCCCCCCUCCCCCCACCAAAGAUUCCUGGUUCCCCGUUUUCGAAAUUUUAAUAAAAGGGACUGUAAGCGUAAAUUUAAGUGACCCUCUGUGCAAAGAUGUGAAUACCCGCUUUACAACG